AGCGACCCAACUCCGCCACUCCGCAUCCUUUCAACUAUGAUUUUUCUCUCCCUCUUUUCCGUUCUUUUUACCUUUUCAUUUUCGGAUUCAUUGCUUCAACGCAAGCAGCAACACACAAGACAAAUUUUUUUUUUUCUCUUAGUCUUUUCUUCUAGCCCAGUUUUCUUCCUAUCCAUUAACGCAGUUUCUCUCGUUAGCGGUGCUUUUUGUCCCCUUUUCUUUCGCCAGCAAAUAGUAUGCGCGGUUCUACAACGCUGCCGCGAUGGGACCGCACCCCCCUCGGCUCUGAUUUCCACCUUCUUCUUCUGAUGCGUAUAUGACUCUGCUAGCGAUGCCUCUCGUGCAUUUCUUCAGGUCGGUGUUGGUGUACAGCUACGCCUUUUCAGGCCUGCCACGUACAUCCGUUCUCUCGUGCACUUGCAACGGUUCCUUCUGCAUUUUCCCUUCCCGCAGGUAACAGUCGACCCCAUAGGGAUUCUUCGACCUGGAAAUCCCCCGACUGUUUUCAUUCAGCGUCUCAGGGGUUUUUUUUUUUUGUGGCCGCUGUCUUAGCCGCUUUGCUGACGCUGCCGAGACACACAGUGUUUGCACGGCACCAGAUGUGUGCGCCUCCUCGAGCAUCAAGGAAUGUGUGUAUUUUUGUUCUCGCCUUCUUCGCAGUUUCUCAUUUCCAGCGAGGCAGGCAAUCCGGUCGCUUGUGGGGGCUUUUUCAUUCUUCCGCUAUGAUCACGAGCUACUGGAAGAAGCAGCGCGCGUUUUCCUACCGACAAGGAAGGUGGCCGUUUUCUUGGUUUCUUUUUGCUGAUUUACGCGUCACACGAUCGAGUUCCAUCUGUGUGCAAGCAUGUCGCAGAGAUGCAUUUUCCGGAGCAAGGCGUUGCCGCACGCAGCCCUUCUCGCCCAACAUUCCCUUCUUGGCCAUCCAUCCGGCAGUCCGACGUCACAAUUCUGCUUUUCUUCUCUGGAAAUUAACUUCACUCUCGGGGUACCUUCGACCCAGUUUACGUUUCUUCGCUGCUGUCUUUUGCGUAGGCAAGUCAGAGUUGGAGGUCACAAAAGCCGCCGCGCCGAGGAUGCUGGUGGUUGUACUCGUCGACGUUUUCGAAUAAACAGUCGUAAGAGGCCUUCUACGCGGUGCACUGUCAUCAUGUUGCCUCGAUGCGUUCUUCUUGAUAUUGUGGUCCGCAGGUCAGAGUUCCUGUUGUUGCGCUGUGUGCCUGCCUCACUGGUGGCACAAACCGGGGCUUUUUCUCGUUGCCGAUUCAUUGGUAAGAUAAGCUCAUUCGCUCUCUUCUUAUUUACUUGUAUUGUACAAUCCUUUUUUUUUGUCUGUGUGUCUCUCUUCUUCUACAUACACCCAUUUGUGCAGCCGGCAUGGGACGUGAAUGCGCUCCUUCCCCCUCUUCGACCUUUGCGGGCUUUCCUCCUCUCCCUUCUUCUACCCUCCGCCUUGAUGUCUUCACGCACAAAAGCAAAUAAUGAUGUCCUCCUCUGCAUCCUUUUAAUGGGUCGUAAAGCAACAACAAUAAUAAACACAAACCCGGAAGCACGAAAAUCGAAGGUAAAAUGA